GGCGCGGGGCGUGGGGGGAGCCAUCGGGGAGGGCUGCCCGGCGGCAGCGGAGCCUGGAAGGCCGGCUAAGGAGCAGCGCUUUGCUUUCGCGGACGCUAGGGAGCCACCUUCAGAAGGAGGGAGUCAGGCAGCGGCCUAGCGGGGGGUUAGGAGGACGGGGGAGGACCUCCCCCAGCAGAACAAAACAGAUCUCCGGAGGAAGCCAGGGCGCCCCUCGCCCCCGCCCCUGCCGGUCGUGAGGGAGGGCCGGGAAGAGCCUCGGACCCAGCCCCAGCCGUCGGCUGUGGUUCCCCUGUCUUACAGAUGGGGAAACUGAGGCAGGGCGUGAACGGAGGUCUAGCGCAGUCCAGACCUCGGGUCUGAAAUAAGGUCCUUGAGGGCAAAGACCGGUUCUUACUGGUUGGGGCUUUGGGUGCUGCCCUGUAGGAGGCGCCUAAUAAAUGCCCAAGACAAGCCCUGCCCUCAGUGGGGACCUGCACACAGUAGGGACUUACUGUGGAGCCGGAGAGUGGCUGCCUGUUUACAGCAGAGGGUCUCAGUGGACCCAGGAGUCCUGGGGGAGGGAGUCCCCGGGCCCCAAACCUGGUUUCUUAGCUUGGGGGGGGGCGUCCUUCCAGGCCAUUCACCAGCAGAUCCUAAGCAACCAGCUGCUCAUCGUGCGGAUGCGAGACUUGGUGUGGAGGAGGGAGGAUUGUCAGCAGUUUUACCAGGAGCACAAAGGGCGUUUUUUCUACCAGCGGUUGGUGGAGUUCAUGGCCAGUGGCCCCAUCCGAGCCUACAUCCUGGCUCACAAGGAUGCCAUCCAGCUGUGGAGGACCCUGAUGGGGCCAACCAAGGUGUUCCGGGCUCGCCAUGUGGCCCCUGACUCCAUCCGUGGGAGCUUUGGCCUCACUGACACCCGCAACACUACCCACGGCUCAGACUCAGCAGUGUCUGCCCGCAGAGAGAUCGCCGCCUUCUUCCCCGACUUCAGCGAGGGCCGCUGGUACCAGGAGGAGGAGCCUGGGCUGCGGUGUGGCCCUGUGUACUACGACGUGGAGGGGGGCGUUCACUGCGCAGCCACAAGCGGUGCAUCCCUGUGAAUGAACUUGUGUGGGCCUCCUUUUCUUCUUGUGGUCCUGCCUCUCAGGGUAGUCGUGAUGACGGGCGACAUCAGCCAAAGCUCCCGGUCAGCCUCUCGCAGCUGCAUCGGUGUCUGUUGUGGGGUGUUCUGCCCCUGCUACCACCCCAAGGGUGCCUCGGGCCUGCUCCUCAGUACCCACCAGCCGGGCCCCGGCUUAGUGGUCGGCUCCCUGUUCCUGCCCGGCCAGACUCUCUUCUCUUGGCUUCUUGCCACUUGUGCCUUGGGCCCUUCACCCUCCCUCCUUCAGCCCAGCUCCUGCCCCAGGUGUGGCCACUCCCCCACCUCCCAGGUCAUGGGCCUCCCAAAUGCCCAUGUCUUCCUUUGGCCCCUGUGGCUUAGAGCUCAUCAGCACCCCCUCCAUCUUGACUGCUGAGAAGUCCUUCUCGGACCCUCUCUCCCCUCCUCCUGUCUGCCCAGGACCCCGGGCCCUGUGGUGGGAAGAUGCUGCUUCCUGGUGGGCAAGGCCCCUGCUGUUGCCCAGAUGCCCCAUGCCCCAUCUCAGCCUGCUCUGUCCUCCACGGGUGGCCUGCUCCAAAGGAGGGCCCUUUUACCUCCGGGCUGCCGUGGCCUGGGCCCUCAGACACAUCCAUGUCCUUCCAAAGGUGGGCUCGGUAGGGCACACCUGCCCCUCCCGGAGCUCACAGCCUGGGAAUUGGAUGUUUUGGGCCCAUUAGAUUUGGCCUUUUGGAGCCUGCUCCGGAACUGAGGUUGGAAGGACCCAAGUUCAAAUCCUGCCUCAGACACUUAAUAGCUGCACAGACCUCAUGGGAGGCUUUACCUGCAGCUUCUCAAGAAUCAGAAUAUGCAGCAUCCCCUGCAAAAGGGUUGGUCUGGCAUCAUUCCUUUCUGAGUCCUGCUGGCUCUCUGGGAGCCCAUCACAACGGUCACUUGCUCCCUGUUGGCCGCAAGCUUUGUUUUCUUUUUUUUCUUUUUUUGGUGGGGCAAUGAGGGUUAAGUGACUUGCCCAGGGUCACACAGCUAGUAAGUGUCAAGUGUCUGAGACUGGAUUUGAACUCAGGUCCUCCUGAAUCCAGGACUAGUGCUUUAUCCACUGUGCUAUCUAGCUGCCCCCCAAGCUUUGUUUUCUUAGACAUGGGGCACCGGCCCAUUCCCCAUCCCUUGUGUUUUGUUUUUUUUUGGUGAGGCAGUUGGAGUUAAGUGACUUGCCCACGGUCACACAGCUAGUUAAGUGUUAAGUGUCUGAGGUCAGAUUUGAACUCAGGUCCUCCUGAAUCCAGGGCCGGUGCUUUAUCCACUGAACCACCUAGCUGCCCCCCCCAUCCCUUGUUAACGUGAGGCCAAAAUGGUUUUGUGCUAUGACAGAGGGGAGCCCGCUGUCAGAGCCUGAGAAGCCCGUUUCUGCCAAGCUCCCCCAGUUGGCAGCCUCUUAGGGUUCCCUGCUGCCCUAAGGAAGGACUACAGCUGGGACCAGGGCAGCUUGUAGGACUGAUAUUGUGUGCCCCCUCUCUUGGGGUCGGGGCCCAGCAUGCAGUGAUGAGCUGGCCUGGGGGUGGUUCCAGAGCAAGGUCUGCCUGCUGCUUCUGGGGUGUCAUCCCUUUGUCCAUGAGAGAAGACUGCCUGAGUCCAGGCGGGACAGCACCAGCCUGUUCUGGGCCUGGGGAUUGGGGGCCAGAACAAGGCUGUUCCAGGAAGUCUCCCAAUGAAAGGGCUCUUUCUUAGGGCUCAGCCCAGAGGCAGCCCCUGAGGAGGACUGGCUGACAUCUUGGCAUAGGGGCAGGCUCAGACACCCAGGUCCCUGGGAUGUGCCUUGGGGGUUUACCGGGCAUUUCAGUGAGGACUCUGAGAAGAGGCAGGGGAGGAUUUCCUGGGGUCAGAUGGACGGGGAUUUGAUACCUUCUUGAGAAGUUUCAUCAAGCAUCCAUGUCAGUCCUGAAUGUAGUUUGAAAGAAUAAAGUGUCAGUGUGGUCAGCAUGCACUUAGGGAGGGCCUGCUUAUCACUGGCUGAGUGCUAGGGACACAAAGUCUCUGCCACACCACGGGUUACAGACAGGAGAAACGGGGGAGACCCCAGAGAAAGUGUUAAGACUUAGAGGGGAGGAGGAAGAGCAUUGCAGGCAGGGGGACAAUCAGAGAAUGUCGAGCUGGGAGGGGAAACAGUCGGGAGGCCGAGGUCACUGGUAGGGGAGUGGGCAGGUUAGGAAGGAGUCCAGCUGCCAAAGCAUUUUGUUUUGGGUUAUGGGGGCAAUAGGGAGCCACAGAGUUAAUUGUUGGGGGGGGGGCCGGUGGCGGUGCCGCAUGGUCAGGUCUGCAUUUUGGGCCAUGACUUUAGUGGGAUGAGCUGCCAACUUGACAUACAAAUGUGAUGGGAAGAUGGUCAUUUUGGAAAGAUUUCUGUAGGAGCAGUCGCCCAGAGUGUGUGUAUACAUCUGCAAGAGACAGAAAUUGCUCCAAGUUUCAUACCCUUGAUUAAACAGCUCCAGCUGCUUCUCUUUACCCACAA